ACCAUUUUGGCUCGUCAAUAUGGAACUCGACACAGAUGUACUCAUCAUAGGAGCGGGAAUGUCCGGCCUUGCCUUUGCUGUGCAGCUUAUACAUCAAUACGGAUAUAGGAAUUUUGAAAUAGUCGAAAAGGCCGAACAUAUUGGAGGCACUUGGUUUGUGAACUCGUAUCCUGGCUGCGGUGUAGAUGUGGCAGCGCAUUACUAUUCAUAUUCGUUUUCGUCGAACCCAAAUUGGUCGCGUAAAUAUCCAUUACAACCCGAGAUUCUCGAUUACUUCCAGAGCGUCGCGAAUAAAUACAAGAUUGAGAAGCAUACCAGAUUUUACUCCAUCGUCAAAUCGGCCUACUGGGAUCAGUCUCUGGGGACGUGGCUGGUUACUGUCGAAGAUUUGAAGAGCUCCGAGAUUUAUCAGCGCCGAUGCAAAAUUCUCGUUUCUGCUGUUGGCAUUCUCUCGGUGCCAAACAAAUGUGAGAUCAAAGGAGUAGAACGCUUCCAAGGCCGGUUAUUUCACACGGCAGAGUGGGACCAUUCAUUCGACUGGAAAGAUAAAGAGUUAGUUGUAAUAGGAAAUGGAUGCAGCGCAAGUCAAGUAGUCCCAGCGCUUAGCGAAGGUUAUACCGCGGCAAAGAAAGUCACACAGUUCGCUCGUCAGGCGCAAUGGGUAUUCGAGCGUCCAAAUCCAGAAUACUCGAACUUCUUCAAAUGGGUUAUGAAAUGGAUUCCACUAUCAAUGCGUGUUUAUCGCGCUGUGCAAAAUUAUUAUGCAGAGCUGGACUUCCUGAGCUUCCGUACUUUGAGCGGUGCUGGAAUUAGGGAGAUGUAUGCCAACACUCAAGGGGCUUAUAUUCGAAGAACCGCCCCUGAGAAAUACCAUGAGUUCCUCAUCCCAAAAACGGAAGUUGGCUGUAAACGUCGAGUGAUGGAUUCUGGCUAUCUUGAAUGUCUGAAUCGUGAUAACGUUGAACUGAUUUACAAAGAUCCUAUAGACGAGAUUGUUGAGAAUGGAGUGCUCACAAAGUCAGGUCGAAUUGUGAAAGCAGAUGCUAUUGUUCUCGCCAAUGGCUUUCAAGUUCAGAAGCCUUUACUGGCCCUCAACCUAUUUGGUGAAGGAGGAGUCAGUGUUGCGGAGCAUUGGGAUAAAUUCAGUGAAGGCACAGCCUCGGCCUAUUUUGGCACAUGUCUGUCUCAAUUCCCUAAUUUCUUUAUCAUGAUGGGCCCGAACACCGCCAGUGGACACGGUUGUGUGACCUAUACCACUGAGUGUCAGGUUAACUUCACCCUUCGCGUCAUUAAGCCUGUCCUAAAUGCACUUAAGGCUCAAAGAUCUAUACUGCCAGUUCUCGGAAAGAAGGCUGAUAUAGUGAAGGUGAAGCCUAAGGCCGAACAAGAGGACAUUGACAAAGUUCAGGAUAGUGCCAAAGAACUGGUUUGGUCGUCUGGAUGCACCUCUUGGGCGCUAGAUAUGCGGACGAAUAGAAAUACGACAAUGUAUCCCGACUUCCAGUAUAAAUAUUGGCUGAGAAGUAUAUUUAUUCCAUGGAAAGACUUUGAGUUUUCAAAGUCAUCUCAGUUUUCUGAUUCGUCUACAGUGAAGUUCAUUGGAACUGGAAGUUGGAUCGCCGUUUCCGUAGGCAUCGUGGCCGCUGUGGCGACGUUUUGGCGUCAGAUUUAG